AUGUUCUGCCACCUGCAAAAACACGAUCGCUCUCAGCGGAAGCUGUCAAACCUCAAAACUGAGCACAAGACGAGCCAAGGCUUGGUGGAUGCUUUGGCCGGCGAAUCCAAUGUCUUCAGGCGGCGUCGGGAGAGAGAGCCUCGGCCGGGGGAGCCACCAAUGCAGCCGAAGCGUGCGCUCUUCCUUUUCGACGCCUCAGCGUCGAUGUACCGCUUCAACGGCACCGACGGCCGGCUGCGCAGGACCUGCGAGACGGCUGUGAUGAUUAUGGAGGCACUUCAGGGCUUGGAAUCUCGCUUUGACUACUCCCUGUGCUGUCACGACGGAGACAGCCCCCUGCAGGAGCUCGUGCCGUUCGGUCAGCCGCCUGCCGAUGAGCGAGCACGCCUCACCGUGGUGUCGAAGCUUGUGGCUGCUGCCCAGUACUGCAGCUCCGGGGACAACACCUUAGAAGCCAUCGAGAAAGCCGUUGAGAAGGUUGCUACGUCCGGACCUGCCGACGAUCGUUUCGUCUUCGCUUUUUCAGAUGCGAAUUUCGAGCGGUACGGGCUCACAGCGCAGGCACUGGGGAAGGCAAUGAACGCCCAAGGGCCCGGCAGCGCUGAUGAGGUGCGCUGCAUGCUCUUCCUCCUGGCCACCUUCGAGGACGAGGCUCUGACCAUGGCCAACUCGUUGCCCGACCAGGUUCGCUUGUGCUUGGAUCCGCGGACCUUGCCAUCCGAACUGCGGCAGGAGUUCGCAAGCCGCAUGGGCCGGCGCUCGGCUUUGUAG